AUGAGGCGUCGCUCAGCAGAAGCUGCUCCUACAGAGCCAACGGAGAAAGGCAACGGGAAGAAUCAAACCAAUCGAAUCUAUUUGUUGGUGUCUUUAUCACUCUUCUUCUGGGCACUCCUCUUCUACUUCCAUUUCUCUGUCAUAGGGAGCAGCAGUAACAUCGAGAAACAGAUCCACCUUCAACCUAGCUAUGAACAGCCUCAACCAUCAUCAUCAUCAUCACCAAUCUCUCUUCGAGUAGAUAAGUUCCCUCUCCAGCCUCCCAAAGAGAAAGAGCCUUUAGUUAAACCAAUACUCCCUCCUCCUGCUCCAGUAGCCACUUUUAAGCCACCUGUCAUCGAGGAGGAGAAACAGGAGUUUCCUUUUGUAAGAGCGUUGAAGACAGCAGAGAACAAGAGUGAUCCCUGUGGAGGGAAGUACAUUUAUGUCCACGAUCUUCCCUCCAGGUUUAAUGAAGAUAUGCUUAGAGACUGUAAGAAGCUUAGUCUCUGGACCAACAUGUGCAAGUUCACUACCAACGCUGGCCUUGGCCCUCCUCUUGAGAAUGUUGAAGGCGUCUUCUCUGAUCAAGGCUGGUACGCUACCAAUCAGUUCGCUGUUGACGUCAUCUUCAGCAACAGGAUGAAGCAGUACAAAUGUUUGACUAAUGAUUCUUCCCUCGCUGCUGCUAUCUUUGUGCCUUUUUAUGCUGGCUUCGACGUUGCUAGGUAUCUCUGGGGAUAUAAUAUCUCUACCAGGGAUGCUGCUUCUCUUGAGUUGGUUGAUUGGCUCAUGAAGCGCCCUGAGUGGGAGAUCAUGAGAGGUAAAGAUCAUUUCCUUGUGGCCGGUAGGAUCACUUGGGACUUCAGGAGGUUGUCUGAACAAGAGACUGAUUGGGGGAACAAGCUUCUCUUCUUACCAGCUGCCAAAAACAUGUCUAUGCUUGUGGUUGAGUCUAGUCCUUGGAACGCUAACGACUUUGGGAUCCCUUACCCAACCUACUUUCAUCCAGCUAAGGACUCUGAGGUGUUUGAGUGGCAAGAGAGGAUGAGGAACCUUGACAGGAAGUGGCUUUUCUCGUUUGCAGGAGCCCCACGACCCGAUAACCCGAAAUCCAUCAGAGGGCAGAUCAUUGAGCAAUGCAGAAACUCAAACGUUGGGAAGCUACUGGAAUGUGAUUUUGGGGAGAGCAAGUGUCAUGCACCGAGCAGCAUUAUGCAAAUGUUUCAAGGCUCUCUCUUCUGUCUCCAGCCACAGGGAGACUCUUACACUCGACGAUCAGCUUUUGACUCGAUGCUUGCCGGUUGCAUACCAGUCUUCUUCCACCCUGGAUCAGCCUACACUCAGUACACGUGGCAUCUACCCAAGAACUACACAACCUACUCGGUUUUCAUCCCCGAGGAUGAUAUCCGGAAGAGAAACAUGAGCAUAGAGGAACGACUCCUCCAGAUUCCUCCAGAGCAGGUCAAGAUCAUGAGAGAGAAUGUCAUAAACCUCAUCCCGGGGCUGAUCUACGCAGACCCGAGAUCAGAACUGGAGACACUCAAGGAUGCAUUUGAUGUCUCGGUAGAGGCCAUAAUAGACAAGGUGACUCGGUUAAGGAAGAACAUGAUUGAAGGUCGGACCGAGUAUGACAACUUCGUGGAAGAGAACAGCUGGAAGUAUGCGUUGCUUGAGGAAGGCCAACGGGAAGCUGGGGGACACGUGUGGGACCCCUUCUUCUCGAAACCGAAGCCUGGAGAAGAUAGCAGUAACGAAGCCAAUGGAGGAGGGACGACCAUUUCGGUAGAUGCAGCUAAGAAUUCAUGGAAAAGUGAACAGAGAGAUAAGACACAGUAA